UGGUCCCUCCCCCUCCUGCAGCCCUCCAGUGCUGCUGGCCUGAGAUGGGAGCGCACACAGCGGCGGCACCGUCACGGCCGAAAAAACGGGAUAAACCUGAAAAGAGCAGAAAAAAAAAACCCAAUACCUCAUAAGUACCUUGGAAAAUGGGAUAACGAAAACAAUGAUUUGACUUAAACCGGGUCACGUCGCUGGAUCGAGUCCUCCGAACAACUCAGAUGUUGUCUUCGCUUGUGUUUUGCGCUUUUUAUCCUUUCUCCUUGAGCGCUGCUGGUACAAAGGCGCCUGGUCUGGAGCAGCACCUGGGAUUACCUCCGUAUGAAUGGGCGAGAGGUCGAUCGGACCUGCUGCCACGGACGAACCCGGAUUGGUAAACACAGACAGUGAGUAACCCUAGCAGGAUCAGAACACGUUUCUUCUUUUUUUUUUUGUCUUCUUUUUUUUUUUUUCCUCCUCGGGAUCCAGAUCCCAGUGUCACCCCGCGAGGACAGAUGCUGUCAUUGUGUCGAAGCUGAGAUUUCCCCAAAAAAAAAAAAAUCUUCUGAAAGUGUCUUUUCUUGGAAUAAUGCAUGAGAAAGACGAGCGCUAUUGCCGCUUUUUCUUCCUUUUUUAUGCCUCACACAUUCCCAGCUAUUCCUGUGGCUGAACAGCCGGGUUCUCUCGUUCAGAAUGGGAUGUAUUGUUGCAUCUGCGCAGCCCACGACAAGUGUCAGCAACUAGACUGUGUGUUUCUUAACGGGUUACCCAAAGGCUUGUUUUAAACACUGUCACUGCUUCCUAACUGUAAGUGGCCAUUGUUGUCGAUAACUGUCGCGAACUAUAGGCUACUAAAAAAAAAAAAAAAAAGACUAACGGUGCGCCCUUGGCUUCAUUCACCUUGUGUGCGUGUGAGCCGGGGUCGGUCACAGAAAUAAAUUAGGCACAAUAUGGUGGAGCCGGUGGGAUUUACCGAGGCGUGGAAAGCGCAAUUCCCGGAGUCCGAGCCUCCCAAAAUGGAGCUGCGAUCUGUCGGAGGCAUCGAGCAGGAGCUGGAGAAGUGCAAAGCGUCCAUCCGGCGCCUGGAGCAGGAGGUGAACAAGGAGCGCUUCCGCAUGAUCUACCUGCAGACCCUCCUGGCCAAAGAGAGGAAGAGCUACGACAAGCAGCGGUGGGGCUUCAGGAAGACGCCACUGAACGAGGGGAUGGACCCUGCGGCCACACAAGGCGCGGAGUGCCACUCCCAGCAGCCGCACAUGCAGGAGACUGGUGGAGUUGGAGUAGUAGGAGUAGUUGGUGGAGGGUAUGGUGGUGGGGAUAGGAGCCGUUAUCAGCCUCUUGGAGAUGGAGCCGGAAGGUCCAAACCCAGGCCUCCGCCAGCCAGGAAGUCAGCCUCCCACGGAGACGGCUUGGAGUCAGCCUUUGAGGUACCCCAGCAGGCUGAGUCCAUGUCUUGUGAAAACCUGGAUGGCCUCUCGCCAUCCAAGCAGAGAGGGGGCAUCUCCGUCUCCCCUCGCAGACUCAACCUUCCGCCCCAAGACAAGGAACUGACACUGUCCUCUGACCCCAAGGACAAGUUGGGGAUGGGACUCGGCGUGGCAGCUCUUAGAUCCAACUUUGAGAGGAUCAAACGGGCCAACUCUCAUUCUGCGGGGGAUGUAGCAAAGGGCCAGGAGAAGCAGCUGCCGCCGCCGCCGCCACCCUUCUACUCUAACAUGGAAUUCCACCACGAGAGAGGUCUGAUCAGGGUCAACGACCGGGACGUCUCGGACAAGAUCAGCUCCCUGGGCAGCCAGGCCAUGCAGAUGGAGCGAAAGAGAUCUCUCCACUCCCUCCCAGGUAACCUGGCGACAGUGGCAGGGGAGCUUCGCGCCCGGCCUGUGUACAGAGGCCGGUCCACUGAGAGCACCUGUGGCUAUGAUGCAGAAUAUGAAGACGGGGAACCCAACCAGCGACAUUUAGGGAGGGCCAAUGGUGGCAAACCUCCACCCCCACCCUGGCAGCCCUCCGAGUUCCAGGCCUACUCCAGUGUUUAUGUCGGUGGGGUGAUGAUGGGUGAAGGGGGCGGUGGAGACGGGAGAGGUGGCGGUGGAAGUGGUAGUGGAGUCCCGAUGAGAGAUCUCGGGGGAGGUGAUGACCACCUCCUGACGUGGCCCCGCCGUUCCUACUCCCCAGGGAGCUUUGAGGAUGUUGGCGGAGGCGGCGGCGGCUACACGCCGGACUGCAGCUCCAACGAGAACCUGACGUCCAGCGAGGAGGACUUCUCCUCAGGUCAGUCCAGCCACGUCUCACCCAGUCCGACCACGGCCUUCCGCCGGCCCUUUAGAGAGAAGAGCCGCUCGCCGUCCCAAAACUCCCAGAACUCCCAGCACUCCUUUGACAGCAGCAGUCCUCCGACGCCGCAGUCCCAGAAGCGUCACCACCGGCAGCAGGGAGGCCACGUGGUCAUGUCUGAAGCCACUAUUGUGAGCGUUCGCAAGACCGGUCAAAUCUGGCCACCUGCUGCCCAUCAUGACCUCGUGCCCCACGGUAGAACAUCCCACGACAACAGUUUCCAUGGAGACCACCUAGAUGGUCAUUUCACCGGGACCCCUCCCACGUACGGUUACGACGCAGACCGCGCAGAGGAGCAGCGGAGGCACCACGACAUCCUGCCAUACAUCGAUGACUCGCCGUCAUCUUCACCGCACCUCAGCUCCAAGAGCCGCAGCAGUCGGGACACACUCUCCUCUGGAUCCUUAGAGUCCUCCAAGUCGACUGAAUGUGACCUGGAAAAAGGUUUGGAGAUGAGGAAGUGGGUCCUGUCUGGGAUCUUGGCCACUGAGGAAACAUACCUCAGUCACCUGGAGGCACUGCUGCUGCCUAUGAAGCCUCUGAAGGCCGCAGCUACAACGUCGCAGCCCGUGCUUACCGUGGCCCAGAUAGAAACCAUCUUCUUCAAAGUGCCUGAGCUCUAUGAGAUCCACAGGGAGUUCUAUGACGGACUUUUGCCCCGCGUCCAGCAGUGGAGCCACCACCAGAGAGUCGGCGACCUCUUCCAGAAACUGGCCAGCCAGCUUGGAGUCUACCGAGCAUUUGUGGAUAACUACGAACUGGCUGUGGAGACGGCGGAGAAGUGUUGCCAGGCUAACACACAGUUUGCUGAAAUCUCCGAGAACCUAAAGGUGAGGAGCCCCAAGGAUUCUAAGGACCAGACGGCCAAGAACUCUCUAGAAGCUUUACUAUAUAAACCAGUGGACAGAGUGACUCGCAGCACGUUGGUACUUCAUGACUUGCUCAAACACACGCCCACCAGCCACCCGGACCACCCGCUUCUGCAGGACGCCUUGCGGAUCUCCCAGAACUUCCUCUCCAGCAUCAAUGAGGAGACGACGCCCCGACGGCAGUCUAUGACUGUUAAGAAGGGAGAGAGCCGUCAGCUUCUGAGGGACAGUUUCAUGGUGGAGUUGGUGGAGGGAGCCAGGAAGCUACGGCAUGUCUUCCUUUUUACUGAUCUGCUGCUCUGUGCCAAACUGAAGAAACAGAUCGGAGGUAAAAACCAACAGUAUGACAGUAAGUGGUACAUCCCCCUGACUGAGCUGACCUUCCAGGGCCCCGAGGAGACCGAGCCACUUACCAUCCCCCAGGUUCCCGAUGAAGAGCUUGACGCCAUGAAGGUCAAGAUCUCACACCUCCGCAGCGAGAUUCAGAGAGAGAAGAGAGCCAACAAGGGUUCAAAAGUCAUCGACCGUCUCAGGAAGAAGCUGUCUGAACAGGAAUCUCUGCUCCUGUUAACAUCUCCGAGCAUGCCCAUCAGAGUCUACAACAAGAAUGGCAAGAGUUAUAGUUUCCUGAUUUCGUCUGACUAUGAACGUGCAGAGUGGAGGGAGUUAAUGAAGGAACAGCAGAAGAAAUGUUUGAAAACUUCCUCCUUGACUUCCAUGGAGCUGCAAAUGUUAACCAACUCCUGUGUCAAACUGCAGACUGUCCACCACAUUCCACUUAGCAUUAACAAAGAAGAGGAUGAAUCCCCCGGUCUCCACGGGUUUCUGAAUGUAAUUGUCCACUCUGCCUCCGGCCUCAAACAGAGCUUGAAUCUCUACUGCACAUUGGAGGUGGAUUCCUUUGGCUUCUUUUCAAAUAAAGCCAAGACGAGAGUGUAUCGAUACACUACUGAACCCAAAUGGAACGAGGAGUUUGAGAUUGAGCUGGAGGGCUCUCAGACCCUGAGACUGCUCUGCUAUGAGAAGUGUUACAACAAGACCAAGCAGAACAAAGAGGAUGGAGAGAGCACAGAUCGCAUCAUGGGGAAAGGACAGAUCCCGCUUGACCCUCCAACUCUCCAAGGCAAAGACUGGCAGAGAACAGUUAUUCCCAUGAACGGGAUCGAGGUUAAACUCUCCAUUAAGUUCACCAGCCGAGAGUUCAGCCUAAAGAGGAUGCCCUCGCGGAAACCCAUGGGUGUGUUUGGAGUCAAGAUCUCCACGGUGACCAAGCGAGAGCGCUCCAAGGUGCCCUACAUUGUCCGUCAGUGCCUAGAGGAGAUUGAAAGGAGGGGUAUGGAGGAGGUGGGCAUCUACCGAGUAUCAGGAGUGGCCACUGACAUCCAGGCGUUGAAGACCGCCUUUGACACCAAUCAUAAAGAUGUGUCAGUGAUGAUGAGUGAGAUGGACGUCAAUGCCAUUGCUGGGACCUUGAAGCUGUACUUCAGAGAGCUGCCAGAACCACUCUUCACUGACGAGCUCUACCCCAAUUUUGCAGGCGGCAUCACCCUGUCUGAUAGCGUUGCCAAAGAGAGCUGUAUGUUGAACUUACUGCUGUCGCUGCCAGAACCCAACUUGGUCACAUUCCUUUUCCUAUUGGAUCACCUGAAGAGGGUGGCAGAGAAGGAAAGCGUCAACAAGAUGUCUCUCCACAACCUGGCAACGGUGUUUGGUCCGACCUUGCUGAGGCCUUCUGAGAAGGACAGUAAAAUCCCCGCUAAUCCCACCCAACCCAUCAGCAUGGGGGACAGCUGGUCGCUGGAAGUCAUGGCCCAGGUCCAGGUGUUGCUGUAUUUCCUCCAGCUGGAGACGAUCCCCACCCCAGACAGUAAACGACAGAGCAUCCUCUUCUCCACUGAAGUAUAGAGCUAACAUUGACUCUGCCAACUUGACGAUUUAACUAUGAAGGAGUGAAAAAGAGACCGACCGUGGCUCAAAGUGAGCCUAUAGUAGUAUGUUUUUGAAUUGACUGACCAGAUUCCGUUACGCGCUCAGCUGGAAAGGAUUGUCUGCGGCGAUGCCUGCCCCCCCCCUCAAACACAAGAGGGCGCCGUUGGACCUCUGAAGCUCCUAGGACACGAGGUCCUUGCCGUUUAUAUCUGUCAUUACCUGAUAUUUAAUAUGAUUUCUUCUACCUUUAGUGAUCAUGUGGGAAUGUCUGCCAUCUAAAUUUCUUUGUUGGUCGUAACAUUGAACCUUUACAGCGGUGUAGACAGUGUUGGUUCAAAAACAGACAUCAAGGAGUUGUCAAAAUCAAUCCAUAAGAGAACAAUAUACGUCUUUCUUCAUUCUUGAAUUAGUUUGCCAACAAAUCAGACAUUUGUUGGCAAAACAAAUGUCUGUUGUCAUCAGUCUGUGUUUAUUUUGGACAAUCAUCAGCUCAAGACUCCUGCAAAAUAUGUUUAUUCAUCUCAAACAUUGCAUCAUGUUCUGCUGAGUAAAAUUCUAACUGUAUCUUUCAUUAACUCAGCGCAUUGUUUGUGAGAAAGAUAAGAGGAGACAUUUGGGCUGUUUGUAGGAGUUCAAUAAAUCCAGAGCUGCCAUGAUACUGGCUUUUCUUUGUCAGGAAGCACCUGUUGUGUUAAAGUGUUUACAGCGUAAACAAACCCCGUUGGAGUCGAAGACAAAGCUCUAAUAGGGGGACUGUAAGAGAAACAAAAGGAGCCCGAUGAUUAGUAAUACACUGCAGUCUUUCAUGAUCAUAAAAGCAAAUUUCCUUUAUUUGCGUUGUUUGUGUCUCAAGAAGCAAUAUAUUUUCUAACAUAGGAAUUAUCUGUGUUCACAUCUUUGCGGACAAAAUGUCCUUUUUGUUGUAACAUAGGACAUCUUGCCAAAUUUUGUUUCAUUUGUUUGAAAGAAGGAGAAAAAAGGAAGCAGUUGUAAUUACAGAUACAGUAUGUACAUAAUCUUAAAGUUGUAUUUUUUUCUUUCUUUUUGUUUAACAGUAUACCCAUUGUUGUUAUUGUUGUAAUUUAUUUUGGGGACCUGGGAGGGAGAAAUCAGUUAGUUUUUUUUAAGUUUUUUUUGUUUGAUUAAGAAAAUGGUAGAGUUUAGCCUUGACUUCAAGUCUUGCAAUACAUAAGCAGGAUUUAGCCUUGUUCGUAUAGAAACUACUCCGCUGUUCUGUCCAGCAUAUCGAUUAUUCAUUUAGAUAUUAUUAUGAAGGUAACACACACAUUGUAGUUUCAUACUGUAUGCUGCUGUGGAAAAAAGGCACAAGCUCUUUAACUGCUGGGUGUUCCGCGUCAAAACGUCUCAAAACCUGAGACCGUCGCCUGUCUAGUGUAGACAUUAUGCAAUGUCAUAAUAGAGCACACACACCCACACACAUAUGACAUUGUUCCUUUUUGUACCAUUUAAUCUGUGGCUGCAGAUGUGCACUCAUGCAAUGUUAGAACUACUGUAUUACAAUUCAAGUGACCUGAGCACUCGACAUUUAUGUCCACUGAAGAGCAUAUCUGUUGUUUUUAAUGAAGGAAUAUUGUUUUGUCUCAUCUUCUCCUGACAUCUUUUUUAUUUAUCUCAUGCAGUUGGCGAAAUGUCCUACUAAUUCGUUAGUCCCUUUAAAUGUUCUUCAUCCAGCUACGCUUGAAGGUGUUCAACUCAAAGGCCAAUUUAAAAUAAUUCUCUUAAGAUAAUUUUUUGAUUCUAAAACUGAACAUUUUCAUUGUAAUUUCUGUGUUGAUCUUGAUUUAACAUGCAGGCAUGUUUUACGGAUUUUGUCUUUUUUUUUUGUUCUAUGGUUAUUGCGGUCUUGUUCACAAAUGUGUCGUCAUAGACUUUGGGAUAUUGGUAACUGACUUGUGAGUAUCUGGUUUACAUUAUUACAGCAUGUCCUUUAAAAUUUGUAUGAACCUAUCGUUUAAGGCUAAAUUUCAUGGUUGGUUGCCCAUAUUUAUAUCUUCAGUUUGACCAGUUUAGUGAAUCUGAUAAGGGCUUGUGUGUGGUUGUGUCCGAGUUUAAGAUAACCUAGGUGAGAACACAUAUGAGUCAGUGUAAUAACCCAUUUUAAGCUCAUAACAUAAUUGUAUUUAGACUUUCAAAAGCAAGAGGAGGCUUUCCUUUUGGAUACAUAUCAGCUCUGACUCAUAUGCACAUGACAAUAUGAACUUAAACACCAUUAUUGUAUCAACCCCAUAAAUAACAAUGUUGAGAUUUUAUUCUGAAAGUCUUCAUGCCUUCAGUCCUACUUUUAUGUACCUCCACUACGUUUGCCCUACUGUAGCAUGCACACAUCGUUUCCUCAUAUAUACAGUAUGUUAGUAUGUGAGACAGAAAUUGAAUCCACUAUUCGUCCAUCAUCUUUAUAAUAAGUCCCGAUUGCCUACACUCUUCUACCCUAUCGUGCCUCGACACUUUUAGUUUGGCGCGAUAUUCUGAAACAUUGUUAAGUCUCCUGUUGCCUUUGCUGAGGACAGCCACACUCCUUUCAUCUCUUAAAGACUAAGACAGGACCUUAACCUUAACCAUGGUCUUAGCUAAUACUGUACAUGCCGUUCUACUUGCCCCCUUCACCUGACUGUGUGGCUGGAAUUCAAACUGUGUUAGCGUCAGUCUUAAUAAGACAAAGCACAGAAUUUCUUGCCCACCAUGUCUUUGUUUUGGCUCUUAAAGUUUCUACUCCUUUAAUGCCUUUUUAUUAUUAUUUAUUUAAGCUUUGUUUGUGUUUGGUAUAAGAAGGUCUACUGGAUCCAUCUAUUUAUGAUAUAUUAUCUAAAGCAAAAUUAAUGUCAGAAAAAUGGUCUUUAUAUGGUGUGUUUUCUUUGGGAUAAUAUAAGUCUUAUGUUGCAGUCUGUUUAUCAAACAUCCUGUUAAAGUUACAACUGUUUGUCACUAUUUUGUCCCAGAAGCACAACCAUUGUGUAAAACCGCAAACACCGGUUUGAUCCCCCCCCAAACCUGCAUCGUUGGCUCAUCUCUGUAAGUUAGAUGUAAUGUGCACCAGACUGGCCACUGUGAUUGUUUAGCUGUCUGCUUUAGUUAACUGAAUAGCAGAAGCAGGUCCAGAUUCUGUGAGUUCAUUCAACUCAAUCUUCUCUUACGUUUCCAUGGAGUUGUAUGAUAUGUAUUAUAUUAGAGAGUACAUUAUUUGGUUUCCGUUUAUUGUGGCGUCCGCUGACGCAUGAUCGUUAAAGGUUGAUCCGGUACGCCUCUAGUCUCUUUAAAAAGCCAAGCUGUCAGUUUGUGGUAGAGGAGAAAAGAGUCUUUAUAUUGUUCUGAAAACUGCAUUGUUUUUGGUCUGUUGAUCAUCAGUGUAACUGCAUGUACCCUCCAUAACCUCAGUCCCUCUGUACAUGAUAAAGUAAAUACGAUAAUUAAUUGUUCUGUGGAAUAGCGUGAAGAUAUGGAACAUAUUGCUCUAUAGGAAAGUUACAAAUUUCCAUUCAUUGGACAUGACUCUGGUAAUUAUCACCUUUUCCAUGCUAUAGGUAAGACUUUCCAAUGAUCCAUUGACCCUCUGAGGCCACUUCUACGACAUCAAACUGACUUUAAAUUAGACAUCAACCUUUCAAAAUAUGCUAGUUUGGUUUUAUUCAACAAAUAAUGUAAAGCUUAGGAGGAGGCUUGCCUACCAACCACAACACACUUUCUCUUUUUAACUUCCUCAAUUUUUUGAACUCUUGUUCCUGUUCAAUAUUCAAUGUUCUGCUUGUAGAACUGUAAAAAUGAAUACUGUAUUCUGAGGGCAAACAUGUUUGGAAGGCAUUUGCAGCCGAUGUUUGUACACAAAAAUGUUAAAUAAACUCUCCUUGUAUCUACACAGAA